AUGGAUGCCGCUAUUAAGAACCAGCUCAAGGCUAUUCGUGAGGAGCUCGAGUUAAAAGAAGGAGAUGAAACAGUAUACACACACGUUCGGGAGUUAAUCCUGGACGGAACACCUAUCAAGACUUUGAACCCUAGCGAUGCUGAUUUGUUAUCUAAAUGCAAGAAUUUGGUGAAACUUUCGCUCAAUGGAACAGGACUUAACUCCUUGACCAACUUCCCUGAGCUUCGUUCACUAAAGGUACUAGAAAUGACUGACAAUCACCUCUCGGACACUGUUAUCUUUUCUAUGAUACCAACUCUAUUCCCGAAUUUGAGCAUGCUCCACCUAGGUGGAAACCACCUCAAAUCACUAGAUGAAAUUCACCUACUUAGCAGUAUGAAACACCUUGUGGCCCUGGGGUUGGCAAUGAACCCACUGGCUGCUGCUGAUGACUACAGGGACCGUGUCUUUGCAGCACUUCCUAAACUGCAAAGCCUCGACCAGGUUGAUCACGAGGGUGUCGAGCGCCACGUGGACUCCGACGCAGAAUACUACGAUGAAGAGGAUGAUGAUGAGGAAGACGAUGUACUUAAGAAGUUUUAUGAAGCGAACUACAACAGUGAUGACGACCAGAACGACGAUGAAUUCGUCCCCGAUGACGCACAAGAAGAGGAAGAAGAUGUAUACGAGGACGACGACGAUGAAGAGGAUGGUGACGAGGAUGAGGAAGCGGAUGAAGGUGAUGCAGCCACAUCCAGCCAUAAACGCCCACGUUCUGAUUCUGACGAUGAGACGGAAGCCAAGCGCAAGGCCUCUUAA